UGUCUCUGUGACCAAUGGCAAUGGUGACAUAAGUCAUUCACACUCGAUCUCACUACAUGACUUGUACUACACUCUACAGACAGUACUGAGUCUACAGACAGACUCCAGCCACCGGCAUGCACUGCGUCAAUGUUGUGUCAAGCUUCGAAUCCGGUCCGUAACAACAGGACAGCACAGCAGCAGCAGCCCUGCGACGUGUCCGACAGACCACGACGUCUUCACUUGACGUGUUUUCCCAUUCGUUAUGGUCAUGUGGUCCUUGUGGAGGAACACACAGCCCCUUGACUGAUCCGGCCGUAGCGGCACUAGCAGUAGAGUGCCGGGAGCUCGUCGAUGUGCUGGCAAAUGGCAUUGAGUCUGUACGGCUGUAGACGAGUAGUGUAGGUCCAGCUAGCUAGUCCGGGGCACUAGUUGCCAAAACUCCUAGAAUAGAUCGAUCGAUGAUCUUCUGGCGCACAUGUCCACGCGAUUCGUCGAUGUCGGAUUGCUCAGCUCGAUCGCUGCUUGUCAUGUAGCUGCUACACCUCACCAGCCGUCGCAUGGUUUUAGCCGGCCCAUUGCUCACGACCCGAGCGAAGUAAUCAGCACCUUCAGUCAGUUCCGAGCACCACCGCCGCACUGAGUGACAGUCUGCCUCGGACUAUCUGUUUGGCUACGAAGACAUCGUCAUAACGCAAAUAAGUUGGAGUUGCUUCUUCUAGGGACGCUGGAACCCACCCUUCUUUGCCUUGGAGUUUGAACCAAUCCAAGCACAGAGUCUCGUAUCAAGAGUAAUAUUCGGGUCGGGCUUUGCUCGUUUGUAAAACCACGCAGCUCUCACGCCCUGAACACCGGCAAAUCUACGAGCCUAGCCUACGCUACUAUCCGCUCAGUGCUGGUCAACGCACUGUACUGGGACGACCAUCGCAUCGUCCGUUCGUCCGGGACAGCGGCUGAAAUUUGAGCCAGUGCCAGUUGCACAGUCGAUCGACGUCUAGUCUCUGUUGCGACAGAGCGCGGGGGAGGUUGGCCCGGCAGAUCAGAGCGCACAGCCACAGGAACUGUAAGAGGAGCGGUACCUGCGUGUUGGGCUCGUUCAAGUGCUGCACGAGCAUCGUGUCUCGGAGCAGUGUUGUUGAUUGGUUUGUGUGCUGGGCAGAAAAGGCCAGCGCCGGCGGUUGUUGCCAGCGGCGGUGUGAUCAGUGACGGAGACGACAUCAUCAUGAGUGAGGAGCAAGGCCCCAAGUACCUGGUCAAGUGCUUUGUGUCCGUGCUGGGUCUGAGUGGUCGACAAGGCAGUGUGGGUGUCGGCAAGUCAUGUUUGUGCUCACGUUUUUGCCAACCCGAUGCCGAUCAGUUCGAUCGCUUGGGAUCGGACCACAGCUCCGUCCUCAGCUCAUCGCUAUUUCGCCAGCCAGAGGUGAAUGGAGAGCACUUUCUGUUCUUCGGCCGUGUCUCAAUGGCCUAUCCGAACGCUGAGACGGAGCUUCGGGUGAAUGUUGUAGAGCACACGACAUUCAUUGAUGAGUCAAGUAUGGCUCCGUUCCGAAACAGCAAACACUAUGCUCAGAGGGCUUUGGUGGAGAAAAUCAAAUCACCGGGAAGAGUCCAGUACCACAAUAAGUCGCUGAUUGGAGCUUCUGCUAACCAGGACAAGCAGAUAAAGUUCCCUGAAGACUUUCACAAGCGCGGCCUAGAUGGAUACAUAUUUGUUAUGGAUCCCACCGCACAGGCUGAUCAUCGGCAGGCUCAGCUGGACCUUCUUGUGGAGUGUGUGAAGAAGGUGCCGAAACGCAAACCGUUCACUGUGGUCUUAUCAAAGUGCGAUGCGCUACCGCAGGCUAUUCAGGAGCGCCUCGGCGAAGGCUUCAGUCUGGUGCGCUUCUUCAGCAAUGCGGACAGUGGCGCCAGCAAAGGUGUCAAGCAGAAGUACGGUGCGGCAAUCAACGACAUUGCCGUGUUCUUCUCUUCGUCGCGCUUCAAGAUCUGCAUCGACCCUGCAUUCUGCUACAUUGCCCACAUUGCACAAGGUCUAGGCGGUGCACCCACUCCCCCGAUCAGUUUCCGCCAAGCGUACGCUCUGCGCAUGCAGCACACAAACCUGCUGUGCUCGACUGCGCUGAGCCUUCUGCGUCAGAAGGACGUGAUGGCGCCGAGCGACACGUGGAGUGUUAAGCAGCCGCAGCUGCUGAUGCGCUCGGCCUUCAAGACUCUGCUCUUCGAGUGCGGAAUGGCCGACUGCACAGAAGUGUUUCAGAUGCGCGUUGCAGAGCUGCGCCUGCAGCAGAAUGCAGUCCAGUACGGCACUCUGGCCAAGCAGAGCACCGCGCCACCCGGUGCCGAGGUGAUUACUGACAUACCGGAGGUGAGGCGGGCACUGUGUGAACAUCAGGACCUGCGCAUCUACACACACAAGCCGGACGAGCUGAAAGUGGCGAUGAAGCGCAACGGCAUCAACGUUGCACGGAUCGGAGACGCGCUUGCCGGCAAGCCACGUCUUAUUCGAUUAUCACCUGCUGACGGCCAGGUUGCAAAUGGUAGUCCUGGAGUGGAGAGACCUAGGGCAGCUUCCACGAGCUCACCGAUGACGCCCAGACCCGUGUCUCCACACGCCAAUCCUCCACACUUGAACGGUUUAGUAGCCGCUGUCAAUGACGAUGACGAUGAAGAUCCUGCCCCGCCGCCAGUCCCGGUCAAGUGCUAUAGCGGCAAUGAUGCCCUGGAGAUGCCGGCGCCGGCAGCAGAGAAAGCUCUAGGCACCCCGGUUAUACCAGCGGCAAGAGCUGCAGCUAAUGCAGCUGCCGAGAAUGAAAACGCGUACGACUGCAUAGCCGACAUCUGUACUCCAAGCACCUCGAUUUCUGCAGCAACACCGCCACCACAUCUGAACGAGCCUGAGUCGAUUUCGCCGUACGCCACCGGCAAUGCCACCGCAAUGCCACAAAUCACUGUAAAACUGCAGGCCGCCAGUGCAAAGUCCAAGUCAGAGCCUAGCGCAGCUAAUGACGUCUGGGAAGCAGUUCCCAUAGCCCAGUUGAAAAUUGCACGAGAGCGUGCACCACAACCACCGCCAGGCGAUAGGGCAACAUCACCGGCCAAGUCACCACAGAAGUAUCGCGUCGAGCAGCGUCCAGCAAUCUAUGAGGAAAUGCCGGACCCAGGUCUUAAGUCACCUGUCAAAUCACCCGUCAGGUCGCCCCUAGAUCCACUGCCAACUUCCAGCAGAUUGAACGAACCCACUAACCUACUUCGAAGUGGGUCCGUGGAUAGUCGCUCCUCAUCGGUAGCUAGCGACUACGAUGAUAUUGUGAUCAAGAAACCUUAUCUUUCAUCUCAGCCUGCCCGUGCUGCCUCGCUAGAUAGCAGCAGUGUGCCUUCAUCCCUGUCCAGUUACAGCGCUGAACCCCUGUAUGAUGAUGUGGCGCAGACAGAGGCUAACUCCGCUUAUCCCCCCACAUCAGCAGCAGUGGUAUUGUCUCCACCAUCUAGUGGCAACGAUGUGCUCUAUGACACCGUUCUCAAGGAGAAAAAUGCUGUGGAAGAGCCAGUGGACCCACAGCCAGAUGCUGAUUUGCCUCCACCAGUGGAGGACCUACCACCCCCACCACCAGCAGAAGAACUUGACGGUGAUCUUCCUCCGCCACCACCUGAGCUAUUUGAUGAGAAUGCAGAUGAUGGUGUUGAUUGUGAUCCGCCACCACCAGACGUAGCAUUUCCACCCCCUCCCAACACGGCACCAACCCCUCCACCACCAUCAUCAUCGUAUACGAGAGAGGGGUAUUGCGAACCCCUGGAGUUUGGUGUUUUACAGUCAAAUUCAACGGCCAGCAAUGCACCUGCGCCUGACAAGGCAAUAGGAACUUCGGUGUUGCCACCCGAGGCGUAUGAAGAUGUUUCUAUGCACUCCAUGCUGGCCCUCUCACCCAGCGGCGAACACGCCGUGGUGCGCCGGCCGUCCGUAUUACAACAGAAUCAUCAGAAUGUCCAGUCUUCCCAAAGCUCGCUGCCUCCUGCUAGCGGUACCGCUGCCAUCUCUGAUGACCGGGGCAGAACGGACUCCUACAGUGACGUGGACAGUCUGCGACCCACAGCCAUGUUUGCUGCCAGGCUGGCCCGGGAAUCGGCAAAAGACAAGGACAGGCCGAAACCUGAGCAUGGACACUACGACCAGCCACUAGACUUUCCAUCCAUCACACAAAGUCAGCCCCAACCUACGAUUGCAUCGGAAUUAUCCUCAUCAGCAGUCAGUGCAACCCGACCAGGAUACGAGGAUCCCGUGGAUCUCAGUGCACAUUUUCAAGCACGGCGGAAAGACUCUGCACAGCGAAAUGAAGAUGCCUACGAAGAGCCGGUUGAGUUUCAAAUGGGUACACAACUGCCUGCGUCUACUACUGCAAGCUCAGGACAGGAGCAGCAACCACCUCUCUACUCAGACGCAAAUGCCGUACGUCCGACCGAAAUCUUCGCUAUGAAGCUGGCACAAGAAGCCAAGAAUUCCCCGCCGGUCGCCCCACUGUCUCGAACUGGCUACGAACAACCAUUGUCCUACGGUAGUGGAGAGACCGGUAGUGAUGGUGCUGCCGCUACUUCGUUCUAUGAUGGAAUUCUAGAGGAUUCAGCAGGUGGAAAUCAAACCGGCAGAAGCAGCAUUGAUGAUGACGGUGGCAAUGUGCGUAAUGAGAAAAUGAAGAAGAACAGACUGGACUCCACGUCAAGUCUUUCCAUUGAUGUAGCCAACUUAGAGGCACUGUUGGAGAACCCGGAUUUGUUCGGAGCGCUUUUGACCAAGUCGGCCAGCGUGCCCGAGCAAGACACACCGUAUGACUCUCUUCAGCUGAGUGAUCCGCAGGGCCCACCCGAUGAGCGUGCACCCAUCCCUCCACCGACAGUCUCAGGUCGGCAACGACCGUUUCACCUGAUGUCUAAAUCGGUUCACACAGACGGCGCUCGUCCGCCUACCCUGGCACGUACUUCAGCCACUCUUCCUCCGGGUUCGGAGCUCUCCAACCCCGACGCCGCCAGUGGGGCUAAGUCAUCGCCGUCCAAAUCAGGGAGGCCCGCAACCAAGCCCAGGGGUGCUAAGACAAACACAAACGGAAAAAACGCAUCCUUGCCAGUAAACAAUGCUGCUGCGAGUAACAGUGAUGCCGGCCAAUCAGCAAAAAACAAGAAGUUUGCUGUGACCGUAAGCAAUGACACCGGAUCACCAUCACCGGUCACGAGGAAAGGAAAGUCUGCAGAGCAGGCCUCCGCGCCCAUACUGGCCGAUGGAAACAGCUUCAAACCGUCGGCAUCCGCUGGCAACGGCGCUGCUGCCAGCACGUCAGGCUCAAGUUGGUGGGAGACACCGCCGUCGUCACCGGCAACUGGUCAGCGUGGUGUUGACAGUGCAUAUUCUCAUGUCACCACGACAACCAGUUCUACUGCUGCUGCUGCUGCUGCUGCUGCUGGCACAUCAGCGGGAACAGAUAGCGGCCAAGCAUCAGCCCGGAAACCCUUGACACGAGAUUCAUCGUACGAGCGCCUGUCCCUCAGUGGCCCACGUCAGCCUCCUCCGGUCUCGGGAACUCGACCUCCACAGCCCAUGGGUGGAAGCUUGGACACAGUAACUGACAUGCCCGUGUCUGCUGGAAGACCGCUUGCCAUACGUAAACGUACAGCCUCCACCAGUCAGAAGUCACUGACCUCGGCUCCAACAAACUAGUCAAGUCACAAGCCGUAGUGGAUUUGAGUGCGACAUACAGUACUAGUAACCCGCAUGAUGCACACUGUCCACUGUUCAAGCCCUGAAGUGUGUGAAGUGGUAAAGCGGGUGCUGCCAAUGUGUUACCUAUGCCGGUUUCUUGAAAGAAAGUAUCUUCCAGCCUACUCUUCCGUUUAUAAUUAUAGCACAGUUGAUAGUACACAUUUGAUUAUGCUACCACUCAUCUUCAGCACAAUACAGCCAGAUUUUCCCGUAUCCUGUAGGCGACUGAUUUUGAUUUUUUUUUAACAAUGUUUGUUUGCACGAGAGGAUAAUGAGAGAUAAGUGAUGCACGGGAAGAUGGGCGCUUGAGCAAUUUUCUACAUGAAGACUGUGGCAUACCCACCCUGCUGCUGCAUUGCAGCAAUAAUGUGCUGCUAUUGAUAGCUAUUGAUAACUGUCUUUAGAUAAAGAUAGGACUAUAGUCACAAGAUCUAUACAAAUCUUUUAAAGUAUUUUCUGAUCGUACAACAGUAAUUCUUCUCAGAUGUCUAGUGACAAUUUGUGAAUAAUUGCAUUGCCAUUUGAUUGCUAAAUUUGCCAGUGAAAUAUUAUACUGUGUAA